CUCUCCUCAUCCGUCCAUACACUUAUUUUCUCUGCUGUUGGAUGGUGCGGUACAGGAGCGCAGCGCAUGCAGGACGGCACCGGUUUCUUCCCUUCUGUCUGAUGGAGACAGGCUGAGGAGGGACAAGGACCGGUCCGGCAGAGACCACCUCGAGGAUCCUCGCGGGGAAGAAGUCCGUUUCCGCUGCUGUGGAGCAGCCACGGAACAGGGGGACGAGAGUGGAGACAGUAGAGAUCCUCCAUCAUCUGAAGGUCUCCUGCCUCUCUUCUAGGCCGUGUCUCAGAGAUUGUGUUUAACAUACAUGCUCCCAAGAGUGUGUAGCUUGUAGAGUCAAGAGGAGUGUUUAGUGUGUGUGUGUGUGUGUGUGUGUGUGUGUGUGUGUGUGUGUACUUGAAGCUCAGACAUGGGCUCAGUGGGAGCGGAGCGCCGCAGGCCAACGCCACAGAUUCCCGAGGAGAGGGAUGUGUGGAGGGAUGGAGGAAGAGCUGGAUGGAGGGAUGGAGGAAGGGAGGGCUGGAGAGAGGGAAGAGAGAGCGGCGUGGUGCAGAGCUACAGCUUUGACUCGUACCAGCUAGAGGAGGAGGAGAUCAGUAAAGAUGCCCCCGAGCGAGGAGUGCUGGCUCUAUCCGAGCCCGACAUUGAGGAGCCGAUCCCUGACGACCGUUACCAUGGCAUCUACUUUGCAAUGCUAUUGGCUGGCGUGGGUUUCCUGCUUCCCUACAACAGUUUCAUCACUGAUGUGGACUACCUACACCACAAGUUUCAAGGGACAUCCAUAGUGUUCGACAUGAGUCUGACGUACAUCCUGGUGGCUCUGCUGGCCGUCAUCCUCAACAACGUGCUGGUAGAGAGACUCAGCAUGCACACUAGAAUCACUGUGGGUUACAUCUUCGCUCUCGGACCGCUGGUCUUUGUCAGUGUGUUUGAUGUGUGGCUGGCCAAGUUCACCACCAGGCAGGCUUAUAUUAUCAACCUCGUGUCAGUGGGAGUGGUGGCCUUUGGAUGUACAGUGCAGCAGUCUAGUUUCUAUGGUUACAUGGGAAUGCUGCCCAAGAGGUACACACAGGGGGUGAUGACCGGAGAGAGUACAGCAGGUGUGAUCAUCUCCCUGUCGCGGAUCUUCACCAAGCUACUGAUCCCCGACGAGAGGAGGAACACGCUCAUCUUCUUCCUCGUCUCCAUCAGCAUGGAGAUGCUCUGCUUCCUGCUUCACCUGCUGGUCCGACGCUCCCAAUUUGUCCGUUACUACACCAGCCACUCCCAGGGCAAAGGCCCGGCCAAAGGCCACGACCCGCGUGACAACGGGACCGGGUACAGAGUGCACCAUGAUGUCAUCACAGAGGAAGUAAGAUUUGGAAAUGGUGGGACAACACCGAUCACAACAGAGGAAGGCGUUGAGGACUUUGAGGGUGGGACGUAUGUGCGAUUCGACGCCCCGAAAGCCAAGAUAAGGAGGAGCUGGCCUGGUGUCCGCGACAUGAUCUUGCAUCGUUACGUGGUGUCCCGUGUGAUCUGGGCCUACAUGCUGUCUAUAGCAGUGACCUACAGCAUCACCCUGUGUCUGUUCCCCGGGCUGGAGUCAGAGAUACGAAACCCCACCUUAGGAGAGUGGCUCCCCAUCCUCAUCAUGGCCACCUUCAACAUGUCGGACUUUGUUGGCAAGAUUCUGGCAGCGCUGCCGUACGACUGGUCCGGAGGCCGCCUGCUCUUCUUUUCCUGCCUGAGAGUAGUCUUCAUCCCUCUGUUCGUCAUGUGUGUGUACCCGGCCAGCGCGCCCACCCUGUCCCAUCCUGCCUGGCCCUGUCUCUUCUCCCUCCUUAUGGGAGUCACCAACGGCUACUUUGGGUCUGUGCCGAUGAUCCAGGCUGCGGGCAAAGUGCCGCCCGAACAGAGGGAGCUGGCAGGGAACACCAUGACAGUGUCCUAUAUGACAGGCUUGAUGGUGGGCUCCGUCGUGGCGUACGCGGCUUACAGCUUCACAGCUCCGCCACCAUGGCCAUCACGGCCGUGCGUCACCUAUCACACACCUGUCAACACAACUGCAUUUUGAAUGUCCACACACUUAAUUAAACAAACACAUAUAAACACACAGACAUGUACACACACCUGCAGCCAUUUACACAUGCGAGAUCCUGGCCAGAAGAAGCAACACUGACUGAUGGACUCGAGUCCAGCAGCAGAGGACAAGAAGUCAUCUGUAAUGAACCCUUUAAAGGUUCAUGUUUAUACUCAGAGAGAUUGAUUCUCCUUUGUCCAGAUUAUGCUUCAAUUUGGCUCACUGGAUAAAGGAAGAGGAAUAAGAUCCAA